AUGGGGCCCAGCACUCCUUUCCUCGUCUUGCUGCUUCUGUCGUGGUCAGGACCCUUUCAAGGACAGCAGCACCACCUUGUGGAGUACAUGGAACGUCGACUAGCUGCCUUAGAGGAACGGCUGGCCCAGUGCCAGGACCAGAACAGUCGCCAUGCAGCUGAACUGCGGGACUUCAAGAACAAGAUGCUGCCGCUGCUAGAGAUCGCUGAGAAGGAGCGAGAGGCGCUCCGAACUGAGGCUGACUCCAUCGCAGGGAGAGUUGAUCGUCUAGAACGGGAGGUUGACUAUCUGGAGACUCAGAGCCCUGCUUUACCCUGUGUAGAGGUUGAUGAGAAGGUGACCGGAGGUCCUGGGACCAAAGGCAAGGGCAGAAAAAAUGAGAAGUAUGAUAUGCUGACAGACUGUAGCUACACAAUCUCUCAGGUGAAAUCAGUGAAGAUCCUGAAGCGCUACGGUGGCUCAGCUGGUCUGUGGACCAAAGAUCCAUUGGGGCCAGCAGAGAAGAUCUACGUGUUAGAUGGGACACAGAAUGACACGGCCUUUGUCUUCCCGAGGCUGCGUGACUUCUCCCUUUCCAUGGCUGCCCGGAAAGCCUCCCGAGUCCGGGUGCCCUUCCCCUGGGUAGGCACUGGGCAGCUGGUCUAUGGUGGCUUCCUCUACUAUGCACGGAGGCCUCCUGGUGGACCCGGAGGGGGUGGUGAGUUGGAGAGCACUCUGCAGCUCAUCAAAUUCCACCUGGCAAACCGAACAGUGGUGGACAGUUCUGUGUUCCCAGCAGAAGGGCUGAUCCCCCCGUACGGGCUGACAGCAGACACUUACAUUGACUUGGCAGCUGAUGAGGAGGGCCUAUGGGCUAUCUAUGCCACCCAGGAGGAUGAUAGGCACUUGUGUCUGGCCAAGCUAGACCCCCAGACACUGGACACAGAGCAGCAGUGGGACACGCCAUGCCCCAGGGAAAAUGCCGAGGCUGCUUUUGUCAUCUGUGGAACCCUGUAUGUCGUCUAUAACACCCGCCCUGCCAGUCGGGCCCGCAUCCAGUGCUCCUUUGAUGCCAGUGGCACCCUGAGCCCUGAACGAGCAGCACUACCUUAUUUCCCCCGCAGAUACGGUGCCCAUGCCAGCCUCCGCUAUAACCCCCGAGAGCGCCAACUCUAUGCCUGGGAUGAUGGCUACCAGAUUGUCUACAAACUGGAGAUGAGGAAGAAAGAGGAGGAAGUUUGAGGAGCUAGCUUUGUUUUGUGAAUCUCUCUCACUCUUGUACAUUUAU